CCACAGAACCUCCCACCAUCAGCUAUAAGCUGUGUUGGGGGCAAGAUAUUUACAUUUGGUUCAUACAGACUUGGAGUGCACACAAAAGGGGCUGAUAUCGAUGCCUUGUGUGUGGCUCCACGCCAUGUAGAAAGAAGUGACUUUUUCUCAUCUUUCUUUGAGAAAUUCAAACAGCACGAAGAGAUCAAAGACCUGAGGGCUGUCGAGGAUGCCUUUGUACCGGUGAUAAAAUUCAAAUUUGACGGAAUAGAGAUUGAUCUGCUUUUUGCCAGACUGGCCUUACAGUCCAUUCCAGACAACCUGGACCUGAGGGGGGACUCCAUCCUGAGAAACUUGGACAUACGGUGCAUCCGCAGCCUUAAUGGUUGUCGUGUGACCGAUGAAAUACUGUACCUGGUGCCAAACAAAGAGAACUUCAGACUGACAUUGAGAGCCAUUAAACUCUGGGCAAAACGUCGUGGGAUCUACUCCAACAUGCUGGGGUUUCUGGGUGGAGUGUCGUGGGCCAUGCUGGUGGCCAGGACCUGCCAGCUCUACCCCAACGCUGUGGCCGCCACGCUGGUCCACAAGUUCUUCUUGGUGUUUUCCAAGUGGGAGUGGCCAAAUCCUGUGCUUUUGAAACAGCCUGAGGACAGUAACCUGAAUUUACCUGUGUGGGAUCCUAGAGUGAACCCGUCUGACAGAUACCACCUGAUGCCCAUCAUCACCCCCGCCUACCCCCAGCAGAACUCCACCUACAACGUCUCCUCGUCAACGCGCACCAUCAUGAGCGAGGAAUUCAAAUACGGCCUCAGCGUCACAGAUGAGAUUCUUCAGGGAAAAACGGAAUGGUCCAAACUCUUUGAGCCUCCCAACUUCUUCCAAAAGUACAAGCAUUACAUCGUUCUGACUGCCAGUGCCUCCACAGAAGAAAACCACUUGGAAUGGAUCGGUCUGGUAGAGUCAAAGAUCCGCGUUCUGGUGGGAAACCUGGAGAGGAACGAGUACAUCACCCUGGCUCAUGUCAACCCCCAGUCCUUCCCCGGGUCCAAGGAGAACCGCAACGAGUGA